CAACACUCCCACUCCUUUUAAUUACUGCCCUCUACCCCUCCCUCUCUCUCUCUGAUAUUCUCUGACAAAUCUCGUCGGAAAAUACCAACCACAAAACUCUUCCUCUUUCCAUAUCUUUCGGUGUUCAAUACCCACAUUCUCUUUUUCAAGUUUAACCACACCUCAUUGGCGUACCAGUAAGCUUUUUAUGAGAGAUUGUCAAUAUUGAGCUCAAACUGGGAUUUUUGAUUAUCAAGAUUUCGCAGAAAUUCCUGCAUCUCAUUUCUGGGUUUUCUUUGGAUACUUAAGUUAUUUGUUUUAGAGUUGUGUAAGCUGACAAAGUUUGGUGUUUUGGAGAUUAAAGUAAUGAAAGAACAUGAAACUGGUGUCUUCGAUUAUUUUAAUUGAAAAAAAGAAGUUUAUAUAAACAAGGAAGGGUCUAGAGCUUCAAGUUUUUUUUUUUAAUUAUUAUCUUAAUCAAGCUCAAAGAAUCUCUGUCUCUUUAAGAGUGAGCAUUAUCUGACAUUUCAUUAAGAUACAAAAGAUCAAGUAGGGAAAGAGAGAGCAUCAUUUGUGUUAAAUCUUAAGUUUGACACAUAUUAAGGGAUUGUUAAACUGGGUUUGGUGAUAUUGGAGGGAAAAUAUGUUAAAAAUGUGGAAGGCAGAGGACUCUGGUGAGGAAUGGGAGAUGAAAUUGAAAUUAUGUGGUGGUGGAAAGUUUAAAAAGUUGAAAACUUCUGUGGUUUCAAGGUCUCCAUUGAAGCUAUGGAUGACAAGGGCAAUCACAACUGUAUUGUUAUGGACUUGUGUGGUUCAUUUGAUGUCACUGGGAGAGACCUGGGGCCCGAGAUUGUUAAAGAGUUGGACAUCUUGUUAUAGUCAUCAAGAUGUUGAGUUAAUUUCUGUUCCUGCCGAAGUUAUCCUUCCUCCAAAGAGAGUUUAUAAGAAUAAUGGGUAUCUCAUGGUUUCUUGCAAUGGAGGACUGAACCAAAUGCGAGCAGCAAUAUGUGACAUGGUCGCUAUUGCAAGAUAUCUAAAUGUUACUCUUAUAGUCCCAGAGUUGGAUAAAACCUCAUUUUGGAAUGACCCAAGUGAGUUUCAAGACAUAUUUGAUGUUCAUCAUUUCAUCGCUUCCUUGAGGGGCGAGGUUCGUAUAUUGAAAGAGCUACCGCCUAGGCUCAAAACACGAGUAGAAUUGGGAUUGUUCUACUCAUUACCUCCUGUUAGCUGGUCAAACAUUUCUUACUACACCCAUCAGAUCCUUCCUCUUCUGCAAAAGUUCAAAGUUGUACAUUUGAACAAAACAGAUGCUCGCCUUGCUAAUAAUGGACUUCCUCUUGAGAUUCAAAAGUUACGCUGCCGAGUAAAUUUUAAUGCUUUAAAGUUUACGUCAAUGAUAGAAGAACUGGGUAGAAAGGUUGUUAAGAUAUUGAGGGAGAAAGGCCCUUUCCUGGUGCUUCAUCUCAGAUAUGAAAGGGACAUGUUGGCUUUCUCUGGCUGCACUCAUGGUUGCAAUGAUGAGGAAGUAGAAAAACUGACAAGAAUGAGAUAUGCUUAUCCCUGGUGGAAGGAAAAAGAUAUUAGUUCUGAAAUGAAAAGGAAAGAAGGUUUGUGUCCUUUGACUCCUGAGGAAACUGCCCUUGUGUUAACUGCACUUGGAAUUGAUCGUAAUGUUCAAAUUUAUAUUGCUGCCGGAGAAAUAUAUGGUGGGGAAAGAAGGAUGAAGACUUUGAUGGAAGCUUUUCCUAAUUUGGUCAGGAAAGAGGAUCUGUUGGAACCAUCAGACUUGAAGUUUUUCCAGAACCAUUCAUCUCAAAUGGCAGCACUAGAUUAUCUGGUGUCCCUAGAGAGUGACAUAUUUGUUCCUACAUAUGAUGGCAACAUGGCUAAAGUUGUUGAAGGUCAUCGCAGAUUCUUGGGGUUCAAGAAGACUACUUUGUUGGACAGAAAGCUUCUGGUAGGUUUAAUAGAUGAAUACAACAAAGGGUCAUUGUGCUGGGAUGAAUUCUCCUCCACUGUGAAGGAAACUCAUGCUGAUCGGAUGGGUAGCCCAAAGAUGCGAGUCGUUAUACCAGAUAAACCAAAGGAUGAAGAUUAUUUUUAUGCCAAUCCGCAAGAGUGUUUGCAACUGUUAGAUGACCCAUUGAGAAUUACAUGAACCUGGUCAUGCUAAUCAGAUGAUCAUCCUGAAUAAUACCCAGUGCCAGUGCAUAUUUGUCAAAGGAGAUGACCUAAUAUAUAUUAAUGUAUAUUCAAUGGAGACUGCAGGCAUAAAUGGUUCAUUUUUUAGGAUCACGCCUCAAGUUGGAUUCAAGGAGACUAAGGAUUUCAUCCUUGAGUUUCUUCAGCAGUCUCACAGGAAUAUUUAUAAUGGUUCAUUUUUGAAUAAUCAGAUUUUCUAUGGGGAAUUCUGUCAUUGGAGGGCUAAUAUCCAAUUAGCUGGAUUGUAAAGAGCUAACACAAAAAUUUCUUAGAUGGGGAAGGUUUUGGGAUGUAUAGUCCACCCCACGUAUUCUUUGUCAUAAUUUUCUCAGCAUGAAAUAUGCAAUAAAGUCACAUUUGUCA